AUGCCUCACAAACACAAGAGAAAGAGAGACGAGGAUGAGUCAAACUUCGACCUGGCACCAACAUCACGCGCGCGAACCCUAUCUGUGCACCAAAAAUCCGAGUCGAUAUUCACCUCGGACCGCGACCGGAAAGAGAAGCUAGCCGAGAAGCAGCAACAGCGGAAGAGAAAGAGGAAUAAAUCUGGCAAGGGCGUCGACGAUGACACGCCGAAGGCCUUUGCGCGUCUCAUGGCAUUUCAGAAUGAAGGCAGGAGGAUCCCAAACGGCCUUGACGACGGCGUCAGAGAGAAGAAGGGCAAGGGGAAGGGGAAAUGGAAGGCAUCGCAAUCGAAGAAUACGGAGAAAGCGUCCCAGCCAGAUUCGAAUCCUUCAACAACGGCCCAGCCCGCCGAGAAAGCGUCAACUACCACUCCUGCCGCCGUCGCAGCAGCACCAAUACCCAAGAUCCUCCCUGGUGAGCGCCUCUCCGACUUCUCCCUGCGUGUCGACCAAUCGCUCCCCCUGACGGGCGUACCAAAGCACACUACACGAAACAACGUCCCGGGCCUGAACAUCAAAACCCCACUGACGAAACACAACAAACGGCUGGCGCGGAUGCAGCGGGACUGGCGGACGCAGGAGGCGAAGAUCCGAGACCGCGAGGAAGAAGCCGAAGACGAUCUCGCGGAGAAAAGGGAGGAAGAGGGCUUGCUGUGGCUGGGCGUCGAGGCUGGGAAGGCCCGCGGCAAGGGGAAGAAGAAAAAGAAGCGCGAGAUGGAGGAUGAGGCGGAUCCGUGGAAGGUACUAGAGCGGAAGCGGAGGGAGCAGGAGCGUGCUGAGCAGCUUGCGAAUGGCGGUGGAGCGUUGGUGGGUGGUGGUCGCACCGGGCAGAGCAGGGGCCUGAGCGCGAAAGAUACCGUCCAGGCGCCGCCGGUGCUGAAACCGAUCAAGAAUAUCUUUAAAGAGAGAACUUGA